GCAGCACACCUUUUUACUUAAAAAACCUGCCGCAUAUUAAACACUACACCCCGUUUUUGCAAAACAAUCAGCUAUCUCCAGUCGGGUCUCCCCAUGAAUAGCUAACAAAUCAACAUCCAUUAGUCCAAAUGACAUGAGAGAAAUACGGUCAGUUUCGACUAGAAACGUGCGUCCCGGUUUCGUCACGCGAUCUUAUGCAAUUAUUCCACUUAAAAAUUCGAACUUUAUAUCUCUACAAUUCAGAACGAUAACUGAAUGACUUCUAAAGCCACCAGGAAGGAAGCAAACAACAUUUAUUGGCGUCACACUAUUAAUCAUUUUAAGCGAUAAAGAAUUUCCAUGACGUUAAAUUAUGCACUAAUGCAAGUUAUUGAUUACAUCAAAAUGAGUUCAUCAAGAUUAGAUCGUCUGCACUACAUAAAAUAACAUAAAGCACAUAUUAAACAUACGGUCAAAAUCAAAAUAAGGUGGUCUUGCAAGUGGUUAAUUCGAGAAUAAAUAUUGUACAAAAAUAUGUAUGUUGGAAAAAAAUAACACACAAAUGUAAUGCAAAAUAAACACAAGUACCCCUCCCGUUUCGAGUUCAUGGUCAUAUUCAUUUAAUGGAUGAUAAUUUUCAAAGUUUUUCGCGAUAAAUGAACUAAAUUAAAUCUCGAAUGAGAAGUUACGAAGUGUGAAUGUGGCGGCACAAUAACACGUUGGUAAGCAGAGAAAGAUAAGCUCCUCCGUAGUCUAGUGGUAAGGGCACCUGCUUGGCAAGCGGUAAACGUAUGGUUCCAUUCCCACCGGAGAAGCAACAUUUUUCUUCGCUUACCUACAGUGCACAAUAAUUAUAAUAAUUUAGGUGAAAUCAUACAGAAAUUUAGAUGUUGUUACUAAAACGAGUUAAGUCUGAAUAAGUGAAUUUCCGCCACGUGUCUUACGGGAACACUUAUAAGUACUAUCGUUAUAUAUUAAACUGCAUUAGAAUCAUAAAUGGUUAAUAACUGCGAAUUUACAAACAGUGAAAUAAAAAUUAUACGUGUUGAAGGAAUCGUCUUCACUUCAAAUUAGAAAAUCGUUAAUAAACUCUUCUUGUACUAGUUAUACUCAUCGACAGGCACCGUGGUAUCGAACGCGAUUUUGGCACAAUUACAAACUGAUUUUACCCUCUUUUACACUCGCACCACCAAAACAAAAAGUGGGUCAAGUGCGCUUCCUAAUGUUGUUUUCCAAACCCCUAACGGCCAACCUAUAGGGCGACCUUCUGCCAAUCCCCUAACCGCGCUGAACAUGCAUGGUUGCCUACGUUGCUGGAAUCAUUUUUUAUUUUUCAAAUGAGGUUUCGCGACUUUGUUUUUCUUAGCGCGUAAUUUAAUUUUUAAAUCGGGGCACCAGAAAUAUGAAAAUCGUACUGCGACAUGAAUAGAAUGUUUAUGUCGUGGUUGCAUGAUUUAAAGCAGCAGAUAAAUCUGAACUCACAGAACAAUGGAACUUCUAGCAUUUGUGUAUUCAAUGCAUAAUAUUAUGUAAUUUUGAUAUUUGAAAAUAAAGUGCUUACGCGCUGAUAACACUGCAUAAUAAAAUAACUACAGAACUUAAGAUUAGUGUUGCAUACUGUAGUGACAAUGAUUUACCUCAAUUAAUGCGUCCUACCAAAUUUGAAGUACUAAAGAGUCAACGAUAAUAUAAUUAAGUACUUAUUGUUCAUUGUCACAUCCAUCAGAAUGGAACAUGAAGAAGUCUCUACACCUCUCAAACACAGAUCUCCGACAACAUAUAUCCUUUUCUACGCUCUAGGCACAGUAACUUUGGUACCUUUCUACUUUUUUGCAACAGCUGCUGACUACUGGAUGUACAAAUUUCGAGACCCCGAAAGUAACGUCAGCUACUCUAAUGAGAACAGAACUGGCCUACAAGCGGCAUUCAUACCUGUCUAUUCCACAGUGUCAUACAUCAGUAUCGUAGUAUUCAUAAUUUUGACCAUACGAUGGAUCCGGAAACUCACCAUACUGGUACGGAUAAUCAUGACGCUUUGCGGUACUAUCACAGUGUUUGUUUCCACUUUUGUCUUCGUGAGAGACGACACAGACUCGUGGCAGACUGGAUUUAUGGUUACAACACUUUUAACAGCGUUUUUACUCAGAGGGUUUUGUGGUAUUUUCUUAGUAACUCUUUUCGAAAUGGUAUUACAAUUUUCUCCGAUCUACUUAGCAGUGAUUUUCUCAGGUCAAGCAAUAUGUAGAAUAUUGUCAGCUCUUGUCGAAAUCGUGUUACUUAAUACAGACGCAGACCCAGCUGUAAAUGGGUUUGUGUACUUUUUAAGUGGAAUGUUGAUCGUUGUUUUAACAUUAUUGGGAUUCUUUUUCUCUUUGAGUAUGUCGCAGUUUUUCAAACACCACUUUUGGAAGGAAAGAGAAGUUGUAAAGCUUGAAGUAUCUAAAGAAAAAUGUAGAACAAUUUUGCAUAAACUGAAGUUUUAUUUAUUAUCCAUGGUGAUUUCUUCCGGAUCUACCACCAUCAUUGAUUUUAGAGUCACAUCAGUGGUUAUUUCAGUAGAUCAAAGCAGUGGCAGUGGUUCACAAGAUGAAUAUUUUGGUUCCGUUAUCACUUUGGUCUACUGCAUAUCAGACUACUUUGGAAGGGAAUUUGCGAUGCUACUAAGAAAGCCUAGUCGACCUAGUCAAGGUUUAGUUCUUCUGUGUGCAGCCUGCAUUCGAGUAGUUCUUGUUCCAUUACCAGUAGUGUGUAACGAAGACUAUGUUUACAUAAUUUUUGUUAUCAUUUUUGCUAGUACUAAUGGAUUUUUGAUCAACAUGUGCAUCAUUCGGGGAUCUCAAAUACUUGCUGAUGACGAGAAACCACUGGCAAUGUUGUUUAUUAUAAUAUUUAUUUAUAUCAGUUCGGUGAUGGGUUCCCUUGUCGGCAAAGGUUUAGUUCAAGCCUUUUGAAUAUUUGAUACAAUGAUUAAAACAAACAAACUGCACUCUUUACAUACCUUUUUUCUU